AUUAUUAUUUUGAUUUGUUUUGUGGCAAACAAACAAACAUAUGAUUGAUAUUUAAUAGGAUAUAUCAUAUCAUAUAUCAUAUAAUAGCCGAUCCUAUCGAUGACCACCAGAUAACUAUGGCCACCACCACCAGUGAUGAUAAUGAUGAACAACAACUGGAACAAUGUCUUCAACAAUACAGACAAGAGUUAUCACUGGUCAAUGCAACCAUCGAUGGCGAUGACCAAAAUAACGGCGGACAACAAGAGAUUCGGGAGUUAAGAGACAAACUUCAAGAGAUUAUAUCGUUAACUGAAGCCGAUUUGGUCGCUAUUAAAAAAGCCCGACUAUUGGCUGAAAUCGAGUCUCAACAACAACAACAGCCACAAGAAAAAGUUGCAACUAAUUCAAGUGAUAAUAAUAAUUAUAGUGAACCACAACCAUCAUCAUCGUCGACAUCAUCAUCGAAGGACACAACAAGUGAACGACCAAACGAUUCAAUUGACGAUAUCCUCAGCGAACUGAAUGGCAAAGAAUGUAGAGUACCAUUAAGUCAAUCAAACGGUUCAGUCAGUUAUCAUAACGCUAUCAUUAUGACUGCCGAAGAAGACAGCGGUGCCACUGAUUUGUCAGCGAUUAAAGUCAAAGUUUUCUUUAUGUAUCCGAUGAACAACUCAAUGCUUGCCUGUCCUCACUAUCUGUCGGCCAGUUGUCGUUUUCCGCCAGAAAAAUGUCGUUAUUCUCACGGGUUUUCCGUAUCGUUGGCCAACAUCCGGCCAUUUGAACCGAUAGACUAUACGGGUUUGCGGCGCGAUUCGCUAUGUUUGGCCAAAUCUUCAGUAGACUCUCUGUGGCACAAAGCCAUCAUCGAUGACAUCAACAAAGAUAACGAUAAAAUUAUUGUCAAAUACUGUGAUAGAGACAAAUGUGUGGAUACUGUCGACAUUGAAGAUCUAUUACCACUUAAUGGUGAUAAUAAUGAUUGUUUUGAUGGCGACAAUUAUCUACAACAACCAAAUCUGAGUUUGAAUGAUGAAGAAGACGUCGACAGCGACAAUCAGUUAGUGGUAACUGAGUUUAAAAGUGAUUCAGCGAUGGCUGAAUGGGAAGCACAUACCAAAGGUAUCGGUUCGAAGCUAUUGAUGAAAAUGGGUUACGUUUGGGGACAAGGACUCGGACAGAAUGGUCGGGGAAUUGUCGAACCAAUCGAAGCCUAUGUUUUCCCGACGGGUAAAUCAUUGGACACAUGUAUGGAGUUAAGAGAUAAACAUCUAUCAGGGGAUGACUUGAAGCAGAAAAUCAAAGCCAAAGCAAAGUCGAGACGCAUUCAGAAGUCGAUAGCAAACGGCUAUAACAGAGUCAACAAUAAUAACAAUAGCAAUAAAAAGACCGAUGUUUUUGAUUUUAUUAAUACAAAAAUAUUUGCAAAAACUUCAAGUAGUUCCACAUCGACUAAAACAAUCACUUCCAGCAGCAGUAGUGAUACCAAAUCAAUAGACACUAAACAGCUAAAGACAUCAAACAUACAGUCAUUGAAUAUAACAUUAUUUAAAGUAACGGAAGACUUGAGUAAAGCUGAUAAUGAAUUGAAACGAUUGAAAGAUUCAAUGGUUAGACAUAAGAAUAGAUCAGACAGUGGUCUUAUGUAUAGUCAGUUGAAAGAAAAAGUUGAUAAACAGAUCCAAUUGAUUGCCAAUCUUAAGAAAAAGGAGUCAAUGAUUCAAAGGGAACAAUUGAGUCGAUCUAAUAAACAUAAGUUAACUAUAUUUUGAUUUAUUAUUUAUUUUUAAAAAUUAUA